UGGUGACAAAUAUGAUAGUGUUAAAUGAUGCAACGAUUAAUCAACACAUUAGGUAUCCCACCCUAAAAAAAAAGGUGACCCCAUUUGUCUUAUUUCCCCACUACCCAUGUUCCCUUAGAACAUGCAGCAAAUUAUGGCUGAUUUUCCCCACCCCUAUAUAUACUCCUCCUUCUCACCCCUUCUCUCUUAGCUUGCUAACUCUCUUCUCACCAUUCAAACAACUACUCAUACUUCACCACAAAACAACUCUAGUUUUUCAACCAAAAUCCUCAAAACUAAACCUUAUUUUCCCCUUUUUUGUUAAAUACAUAAAAAUAUGGAAGUAGAGCUAGUAAGAUGUGAGUGUUGUGGAUUGAAAGAGGAGUGCACAGUAGAAUACAUAGAAGCAGUGAAGGCAAACUUCAAUGGGAAAUGGCUAUGUGGGUUAUGCUCUGUUGCGGUUCGAGACGAGGUAAAUCGAGCGGGGGUUGAAAAUGCUGUUAGCGCGCAUAUGUCUUUCUGCAGCAACUACAAGUCUAGCCCGGCUUCAAGGGUUGCUGAUGGUAUGCGCCAAAUGCUUAGGAGAAGGUCAGGAGAGUUAUCUCACUCUUCUGCUAAAAAAUAUGUUCGAUCAAAUACUGCUCCUCAAGUCCUUUGAAAGGUCAGGAGAGUAUAAACCCCGGCGAAGAUGGGAAGAAUCGAUAAAGAAUGACGAACAUAAAAUCAUGAUUGAAAUAGCGUUAGGAGAAUGAAUUAAGGUUCUAUAAGCCUCUGUUUAUCAAACAGGGGUGCUCUAUUUUUUUUUUUUUUUUUUUUUAAUUUCCAUCUUAUUUUGGUUUUGUACAGCAGUGAAUUCUAUUAAAUAAAUCUCUCUAUAAACUUGGACUAUUUUUAAGCCUUUUUGGG